AACAUGUAUCCCCUAUGAUGCAAAGCAUUUCGGGAGAUUUGGCUGGCCAUGCAGGACUUUCAAGACUGGGACCUGUGAGAGAGAAGUAAGCAGACUGGUAGUUGCAGGACUGACACAGCAGGAGACUACCAGUGAAUGGGUGAGGAUGAACAGAAUCUAACAAGAAGGAUAGUCACCGAGUAGCUUGAGCCAGCAAGAGGCCACAGAACCACCCCUUCAGGAUGCAUAGCCUUGUCAUGAUCUGCUUUGUUUUAGAGUGUUUCUUAUGGUUUCCCCAAGUGAGGGGCGAGGAAGGGUGUCUCAAUGCUGAAUUCUGUUCAGGUACAGAGUGGGUCCGUCUGUGGUAUAUCUGGCUGGUGGUUGUGAUUGGUGGACUGCUUCUUCUGUGUGGCCUGGUUUCUGUCUGCAUGAGAUGCUGUUUUCAUUGCCAUCAAGGAGGGGAUGAAUCAGGUCCUCAGCCCUACGAGGUCACCGUCAUUGCUUUUGAUCAUGACAGCACCCUCCAGAACACCAUUACCUCUCUCCAUUCGGUGUUUGGACCUGCUGCCAGGAGAAUACUAGCAGUGGCACACUCCCAUAACACUGUGCAGGGAACAUCACCCCUCUCGGCAUCAGACACCCCUCCAGUCUACGAGGAAGCUCUGCACAUGAGCAGGUUCACAGUUGCCAAGGCCGGGCAGAAAGCGACAGAUGUGGAUCCAGUGCCCAAAGCAAAACUGCAAACAUCUGCUGAGAUCAAGGAUGCCCAGCCAGCCCUCCCAGGACGCUAGUGCUUGUUUUUACUGAAUGGCAGUAAAAUAGAGAAUGAUUUCAUUCAGAGGUUAGUUCUUCUGGGCAGGGCUAGGAAUACCAGAUUAAACUCCUUAGUCUAAUGACAAAGGCAAAAAAAGAUAUUAAAAUUCCAAACAGUUCAAGAUCCAGCAUAUUUUGAUGGUUCCUUUUGAUACCUCCUUGAGAUAAUCAACCAUUGGCAUUCCCCAGGUCCAUUUAUUACACACAGAUGUCAUUAGAAUCACAGUUUGCAUGUACAAUCAAACAGGCAGCAGGAUCAAGGUGCUGAGAUACUUUGCACGCUGGUGCUGGAGACCUGCAGGGAGAUGGCAGAUGUUACCUCAUUGUACUUGCCUCCAGCCUAAGGUUCCUGGAGAUGGCAGAGCUUUUCAUACCAGGAAAAACAAAAA